CUCGCAUGUUUGGACUGAGCCUGACGACUUUCACCUGCUCAAUAACCAAUCAUCGCGUUGCUCCUUGUCUCAAAAGAUGUCUGGAGAAGCGGACGACCCAUCAACCGCCAGCUUCAACUUUGACGAGAACCGAUUCAAAGCUCCAGGUUCCGAGGGCAAGCUUUUGCUGUGGCUGAAAGAUGUUGAACGGGCUAUCGAUCAUGUCGCGGAGGCCCAUCUCCAAAGCUCUGUCGACUCGCUUCACAGCACAUUCACCAAACUCCUCGUCUACUCGGCUCAAACGACUUCGUCAUUGCCUAAACCCGGUCGACCCGCCCGUCAGAUAAUAGCGAGGUCAAUAAUCAAGCUACAUCGACGGAUAGAAUCUCGGACGCUCUUCGACCUUGUACAGGAGCUGUUGAAGGUCGUGGUAGAUAACAAUGGGAAUGUCUUGAAGGGAGGUACGGACAGCACGUAUAGGGUGGCAUGUUGGUAUGUGAUCGGAGAAGUCAUGAAAGCUCACGGGGCGAACAUGAUGUCCUUGAUGUCGGAGAUUGCGGUUACGGUGGUCAAGAUUGUACGAGCGACUUCGCAGCCUGUAUUGCUUCGAGUGCAGGCGGUCUCGGCGUUGACAAAAUCGCUCUCUUCUGCUGGACGAGCCGUACCCGAUCCGAUCGCCAAAGACCUGCUUCGAUACCUCAAGAACGGGCUCAGUGACAAUGCGCUCGCGGUACAAAGGACGUGUGCCGAGGCUCUUGCAGCGUUGCGAGAGUGCACGAGCGUCAUCACCACCUUGUCCGAUAUCGAAAACAUCAUCACGCUCGUCGUUAAAGCGCUUGACAAGACGGAUCAUCCGACAAAGAGGGCCAUGUCCAAGCUCGUUGCACACCUACUGGCUUUCACCCAGGACGCUUCAUCGGUCGUAGCACCACCUCCGGAUAAGAAGGGCAAAAAAGCCGGACCUGCCGGGGAUGACAACGAGGAUCCGAUCACGAUCGUCACUUCGGCUGCAGCCGAAGUCACCACAUCCCUGCUCACCCCGCAAGCCAUGCUCAAAAUCCUUUCGGCGCAUUUCAACCGAUCACCUACCCCGGCAAGGAGAACGAGGAACGCCAUCUUUGAUAUUUACGCGACCUUGCUUGAGCGUCUGGGCUCGAACUACGUAGAAGCACGGUAUGCCGAGAUCCUUGAGCAUUUCAUCGUCGAGGUCGUUGAUCAGGCGAGAAACAAGACGACAUCACACGAAGCUGCGACAGUGAGGGAGAUGGUCGGAUUGGUCUUGCGAGAGGUCAUUGCAGUUCGAUCACUGUCGGAGCAAGGUCAGGGUAUGGCCGUGAGAGAGAUUGCCGACAAGUACAUGAAGAGAUGGCCGGCGGUCUUGCCUGGUGCAACGGAACCGAGCGAAAUGGUUCUCUUGGUUAUCCUCAGGGAACUGGCAGAGCUUCUACGCCAAUUGGGUACCGCUGCGCCUGUCAUCCAGGAUGCUGUGCAGGAACCGCUGCUCAGGCUGUUGUCCCAUCCGCGCGAAUCCGUUCGGUUACAUUCGGCGUGGUGUCUCCGGGUCUACUGCGCCACGACGCCGUUACGAUUACCCAAAGUCUUGAAUGCCUUGGUCGAGGCGCUCGACAAGGAUAUAGUAUUGAUGGGAAAUCCAUCGGCACCGGCAGAGUUGUCCGCUCGGGCAAACGGAAAAGCCACCGCUAUUGGGGCGCUGAUGGCGGUCAUUCCCGAUCGACCACUCUACGUGUCGCACGAUAUCAGCACUAGGGUUCUGGACACUGCUGUACAACUGCUCAAGCGUUCAGGCGAACACGAUUUCAAGGUCGCCGAGGUGGAAGUGCACGUCGCAUGGACUCUGAUGAGCGGUUUGAUGACGCUCGGACCUACGUUUGUCGCUUCUCAUCUGCCUCAGUUACUAGUUCUCUGGCGAAACUCCUUGCCCAAACCGACAAGCAAAGAUACGUCGGUGGGGGAACGAGGUGAAAAGGAAUGGGCCUUCCUUCUGGACGUUCGCGAGUAUACGUUGUCAGCCAUUCUGACGUUCCUGCAGAACAACAAGGAGUUGACCACCUUGGACGUUGCGAGGAGAUUGACUUCGCUGUUGACAAACACUCUCAACUUUGUCAAUGGGUUCGCGACAGCUUACAGCGACUAUCUGCGAGAACAACAACAAAACCCAAAUGUCCCUGUGGGCGCGACUCGAUCCGCCAUGACGCUGGCCACUCGGGAACACGAACUGAGACGACGCGUGCUCCAAUGUUUCCGAACGCUAGGCAAUUCGAGUGCGACAGAGGGGGUCCAGCCGGCACUGGUCCAGGCUGCUGUCGGCAUUCUUGCUGAUCCCGACGUUAGUGGUCUUCCGGGCACUCAACCGCAAACGACGAAUCACGCAGCAAUUGGCCCUUUUACCGAUGUAUGGUCCACCUCAGAUGGGUACGGAUUUGGCAUUUGCUCGGCCGACGCAACAGCAGGGCAGCGUGAGGCAUUCACCCGGAAAGAGACCUUGAAUCGAGAUCUCGUAGAACAGCGGCUACAAAAUCUGCUCACCAAGCCGGUCCUUCCAAUGCUCGAGAACGACCGGUUGUCCGUCUUAUAUCGAUCUUCGAGCGACACCAACGCAACGAUGACGGCUGUUCCCGCCGCCACAGGCGUAGUCGACGCCGCGCUAGAGCUGUUCGAGGUCUUGCUCAUUCAUCAAAACUCAGAGACGUUGAUGCAAGCGACAACGCUGAUGACAAAUCACCUGAGAAGUCCCAAGCUCGACCGGAGUCCAGGCAGGAAACAGGCGGUCCAUUACAAUAUCAUCAUGUCGCUGAAGUCCGCCCUGGCUCACGGUGAACGUUUUGCCACCAGAAAGUCCAGGGACAACAUGUCCGAUACUGGCGUCCUCGUUAAUCUGCGGGCACUCCUGCAAGAUGCUGUCGUUGACCGGGAAGAGCCGAUACGAGAGGCUGCGGGUUCCGCUUUCGGCAGCCUCAUCGGAAUAGCCGGCGGAUCAUAUGUAAACAACCAGACGCAAUGGCUGGUGGACCAACUGGUUCAGAACCGAGUACCGGAGAGUCGAGCCGGAUGCGCCUUAGCGUUGUCCUGCGUCUACGAGCGGAUCGGUGGAUUAUCUGCCGGUACCUUGCUGAAGACCUUAGUCAACGUGCUUUCCUCGUUAUCGACCGAUCCUCACCCGGUGGUGCACUAUUGGUCUCUUCGCGCUUUGAGUCGCAUCGUCGACUUUGCCAGUCUGGCAUACUCGCCCUUCGUGAAUCAAACCAUGGACAUGAUCGCGACUUCGUACAUGGCCGAGACCCAUGAGCCGGACGGUGGAUCAGUAGGCAGUGCCAAUAUGCGGGGAGAUCUGCCCGCGUACCCAGCAAUGUGUCGCUUGCUUCAUGCCUUGAUUGGCGUGAUCGGACCUGAAAUGCAAGACAAGACGCCGACCCAAGAGACUAGCUUGAUGCUCAUCAAAGAGUUUGGCGAAGACCGUCAAGACGGCCUCGCGGUCGAAGCCAUUCGCUGCACACAACAGCUACUGAUGUUUGCGCCAAAUGCCGUGGACACCGCGCAACUCGUAACAACUUUCCAAGCCCACUUGGAAGCUGGUCAUGGACCGCUACGUAUUGCCACCAUCACCGCUCUCUAUCAGGUCGUCCAGCGGGAUGCUGCGUUGAUGUCAAAAUUGGGAGGCAACCGGUUGGUAGAGAUAUUGUUUGGUCUGCUUGACGAAGACCCAACCAUCGAUGGGGUUCGACAGAUUAUCUUAUCUUGGAUCCAGCAGACGUCCGCAAGUAUGCCUGCAGGGUGGAUCGCGCUCUGCCAACGGAUCAUCAACAAGAGCACGACCGCUCCGAAGCAGGACAUCACGAAAUCUGUUCUCACCGGUUUCCAGGAUGAUGAGGGUCAAUCGUUGGGAUCGGGCACUUCAGCGCUCGAGGCUGCUGCGCCAGCCAGAUGGCGAACCCAGCUAUUUGCGUUGGAAUGUGUACACGCCGUGGUCGCAGCAGUAAUCGCCUCAGGCAGGCGGGAACAUUUUGACAUUGUGGCGGCUCGGCAAUCCGGUCUACCAGUCGAGCUACUCCUCGUAGCCCGAUUGUCCGAUUUGAUUAAGAUGGCGUUUGCUGCGUCGACCGCGAGCACUUCUGAAGUCCGCCUGCAGGGGUUGCAAGUGUUGCAGGAUGUCGUUGUCAAUUUCGCCCAAAGCCCCGACCCAGAUUUUCCUCAAGCUCUGUUGCUCGAACAGCAUCAGGCACCGAUUGCUGCAGCCUUGACACCGAGCUUCGGGACUGAUUCUGCCCCAGAAGUCUUGGCCAGCGCGAUCGACGUUUGUGCGGUGUUCAUCGGAUCGGGCGUCGUACGUGAAGUAUCUCGUAUGGGCCGGAUCCUGAAGCUUUUGACAGGGGCGCUCAUGCGAUGUAGCGAAGGAACAACCGAACCGCUUGGGGAUGUUGAGAACCUCUCAUCGAAUGCCGCGGUAACCCUCAAACUAGCUGCUCUAACCGCCUGGGCUCAGUUGCGAGUCUCGAGCGAAACCCAGACGUUCCUGCGAGACGUAGUUCAGCCGCAUCAAGCAAUGUUGAACCGUCUAUGGGUGGGUACGCUCAAAGACUAUGCUCUACUACGGGUAGAUCCAGAAGCCGGAUCGGGAUUGUCCUCUGGAGGCAUGGACCUCGCUCAAUCGGGUCUUGGCAGAGAAACGCUAUUGCCCUACUACAAAAAGUCUGCUACCGUCAUCCUGGAAGCCUUGGCAUUGGCCAUGAAAGUCCAUAUUGAUGAAUCCGUACUGGAAGCUUUCGGAUAUCAUCAGGCUCGAGAGCAAGGCUCGGACGUGACCGUCUCCACCAUUCGUCCGGAACCACUGCCGAACUUCUUCGUGGUGUAUGGGCUAGCUUUCGAGACGAUUUCUCGUUCCUUUGGUAACCCGUCAGCAAAACUAGAGUCUAUCGCCGCGGCCAAGGCGCUUCAAACGCUCGUGAAACCCAUCUACUCUGGCGCGGCUCUGUUCUCGAGCUCCAUCUUCGACGAGUUAUGCACGCUUUGUUACCGCAUUGCCAUAGGAGAAGGGGCUGCUCUACGAACAGAGAUGAUGCAGAUAAUGAGCGGAUUCGCUUGCAGCCGAGGCACAUCUGGAGAUCAAGACCAAAUCAGACGGGUCGUAGCCGUGAUCACGUACACUUUACGGGUCAGCGUGGGCACUGCCGAGGCGCCAAGUAAUUUCUUGCCCUCGGACGCAUUAGUUGACAAGAUUCAAAUGCUUUCAACGGGAUUCCAGGCCUUUACCUCGGCUAUCGCCGCACUGGAUGCGGGGACUAGAUUCCAUGCUUUCCUUGUUGGGAUACAGCUAUACACCGAUCUGCUGCGAGAUGAAAGCAAUGAGCAAGAUGUAGCGGGUCCGACGUUGCCCGCAUUCAAGAUGCUGCUUGACGCCGGCUCCACAUAUAGCCCACAGCUAGAAAUGCUCGGCAAGGCAAUUCACAGCGUUCUUUCCGCUGCGCUGUCGAACCUAGAUGAUGUCCGAGGACGCGAAGGUCCCGCGGCGGUCAUCAAGUCGAAGAACAACAUGCUUCUUGUGGUCCUAGUUUUGACCAAUCUCGGCGCAUCGGUCAAGGUCAGCCAAGAUGUCGUCGAGCAGGCUUGCUAUACUAUCGGUCAACGCGUCAAGGCUGGAGGACAGAUCGGUCUUGUUGCGAUGCAAUGUGCGAGGGCGUUGCUUCAAUCCGCCAACCGGGGCAAUACGGCGUUACAACUAGGCGUCUCACAGAUCGUUCCUGAACUGGUGCAAUUCCUCGCCUCUGCAGCCACCGUAGCCGAAACUGUGCAGGCGGACGACCCGCUAAUCGCAACUACCGACGAGGUCAUCAAGAUACUUGUCUCUUUUGUCGCAACAUUCGAUGAUGAUUCGAAACCUCGAGUCUAUAUGGUUCUCGUCCCGAGUCUGAUCGUGCUAUUGACCCCGGAUCAAGCGAACCCGAUACACAACCUGGCGGUCCGCCAUCUCUUAGCGCUUGCGGGACAAGCACCUACAGCUUUCAAGGACGCUGCCAACACGCUCGAGCCCGAGCAGCGAGACCGCCUCGAGACUUCUAUUCGACAGAGUGUUGCGAGCACCCACGCCACGAAUGCAAGGGCACCGGUGGCGGCCAAGCCUCAAAUCUCCCUCAAGUCGUUCGGUUAGAUUGCCAAUAUCGGGCGAGGAUGAUCUGUUGUAUCUUGACGAUCUUAACGAUUUAUGACCACCCCUUAUUUAAUGACAUAGCGAGUGUAUGGACGUCAGCUAAUCAUCAUCCGAAUCUGUCAGGUCGAUCAUGGGCUCCUCCGUCGAUGCGGUAUGUGUUGGGACCUGCCGAUGUCGAUCGAGUGGAUUGCUUGCGUUCGACUUCGACUUCAUCCCUGCCAUAUUGCCAAGGCGUGCAGCCGGUCGAGCGUUACUGCGGAGAGAAGCGAUGGCUUCGAG